AUGCUGACAUGUAUUGAUCGCUUUACGCGGUGGCCGGUUGCUGCGCCCAUUCCGUACAUCAGUGCCGAAACCGCUGCAAGAGCUUUCUUGACUCAUUGGGUGUCCAAUUUUGGAGUUCCUGCGACUGUCACCACUGACCGCGGAUCCCAAUUCGAGUCCACGAUGUUUCGCGAACUCACAUGCCUUCUCGGUACCAACCGAAUCCGAACAACAGCGUACCACCCUCAAGCAAAUGGUCUCGUCGAACGCUUCCAUCAACAGCUCAAGAAUUCCUUUAUGGCCCAGCCCGAUCCUUCCCGAUGGUCUGAUCAUCUUCCCCUGGUGCUGUUGUCCCUCCGUUCCACUCUCAAGGCCGAAAUCGGUUGCUCUGCAGCUGAUCUUGUCUACGGAACCUCCCAACGACUGCCCGGUGAGUUAGUGUCUCCCUCAAAAAUGCGAACUUUUUUCGAACCUUGCAGUUAUGUAGAGCAGCUGCGUAGUGUCAUGCGCAAUCUCCGCGCAACGCCCCCUCGGGCGUCACCGGCCAAUUCCUUCAUCCCUCCUGACCUGGAUAAGUGCGAUUUCGUCUUGGUUCGGCAUGACGCUGUCCGACGACCACUCCAACCACCCUAUGACGGACCGUAUAGAGUCCUACGUCGAUCUGACGAAGAUGUUGUCAUCGAUCGCAACGGCAAGACCGACACAGUCAGCACUGAUCGCGUCAAGCCGGCCUACAUCGACGACAGUGACCAUUCCUCACCUCAACACUGUACCCCGCCUCAGACAGUGCGUCCUCCUCCAUCUACUGGCGACAGACCGCCUCCGGUCCGCCGCACACGAUCUGGUCGCCACGUCCACUGGCCCGACCGGUUUGUGGCUGGCUAG